AUGCAUCCUUUUCUAAUCUUCCUCCUGAUCCCGGCCAUUUAUUGUGCUUGCGGCACCCCGACCGAAUGUCAACAGAUCGCCCAGCGAUUGGAUAAGAUGAAAGCCGAGAUGCGCCAUGGGGGCGGCUUCAAAGACCACGAGAUGACCACCAUGUCUACCACGCGAAGGGCAGAUUACAAUGCCACCUCGGAGUCAAAGCGCCAGAAAUUCCAAGGCUCCAAGUCCAACAGCACCGAAACGAGCACCACCGGCCUCGGCGAACGGAAUCGACAACUGCGCGAAUGUGACUCCGGUGAUGGAACCCCCAACUGCUGCCCCCGGGACCUCCUUAUCAACCUCGACCAUUUCGACGGCUGGGAUUUUGUCGUCGCCCCCAGGGAGAUCAACGUCCGCCAAUGCGUCGGCGACUGCACCGUGCCGCACCUGCUGACCACGCGGGAAAACCUUGAGAAGAAAGACAUGCUCCAUCUCACGCGCAACGACUUCCUCCGGGCCAGCUACGCGGUCGAGCUAGCGCCCACGUGCUGCCACAUCGACAGCUACGCGCCGCUCGACACCAUCCUCAUCUUCCCCAACCAGACGGUCACCAAGUACGUCUUCCACAACGUCGUUGCGCUCAGCUGCUCGUGCUUC